GCAGAGGGACUCGAGCAAACCGGGGGACGCCGCGGGGCUGAGCGCCGGCGGCACUCGUGACCCCCGCGGAGGAGCGGGGGGCGGGUGUCGGGCCGGGGCGUGGCGGAGCGGAGCGGGGCGAUGGCGGGGAUGGCGGCGGCGGUGGCGAAGGAGCGGGCUGCGGCGCUGGGCGCGGGGCGGCACGACCGCGCCGUCCCCUACUUGGGCCAGGACUUCGGGGCGCUGCGGCGGGAGUGCCUGCAGGAAGGGCGGCUCUUCCAGGACCCCUCUUUCCCCGCCGGCCCCACCGCCCUCGGCUACCGAGAGCUGGGGCCCAGCUCCUACAAGACACAGGGCGUUGUCUGGCGCAGACCCACGGAGCUGUGUUCCAGCCCGCAGUUCAUAGCCGGUGGAGCCACUCGCACAGACAUCUGCCAAGGGGCCUUAGGGGACUGUUGGCUCUUGGCCGCUAUUGCCUCUCUCACACUGAAUGAAGAAAUUCUGGCCCGUGUUGUUCCCAAAGACCAGAGCUUCCAGGAUAAAUAUGCUGGAAUUUUCCACUUCCAGUUCUGGCAGUAUGGGGAGUGGGUGGACGUCGUGGUGGACGACAGGCUGCCCACCAAGAACGGGGAGCUGCUCUUUGUGCACUCAGCGGAGGGCAGCGAGUUCUGGAGCGCACUGCUGGAGAAGGCCUACGCCAAGCUGAACGGAUCUUACGAGUCUCUCUCUGGUGGCACCACCACUGAAGGCUUUGAGGACUUCACCGGUGGAAUUGCAGAAUGGUAUGAGCUGCAGAAGGCACCACCCAACCUCUUCAGAAUCAUCCAGAAGGCACUUCAGAAAGGCUCUCUCCUUGGCUGCUCCAUUGAUAUCACCAGUGCGGCAGAGACGGAGGCAGUCACCUCCCAGAAGCUGGUGAAGGGACAUGCGUACUCAGUCACCGGGGCAGAGGAGGUGAACUUCCGAGGAACGGUGCAGAAGCUGAUCAGAAUCCGAAAUCCCUGGGGGGAAGUGGAGUGGACUGGAAAGUGGAACGACAACUGCCCAAACUGGAGUGGUGUUGACCCUGAGGUGCGGGAGCGGCUGACCAGGAGGCAUGAAGAUGGGGAAUUUUGGAUGGCGUUCAAUGACUUCUUGAGACAUUACUCCCGCCUGGAGAUCUGCAACCUGACUCCAGACACACUGGCAAGUGACAAGUAUAAGAAGUGGAGCCUUCUGAAGCUGGAUGGGAACUGGAGGCGAGGAGCCACUGCAGGGGGCUGCAGGAAUUAUCCAAACACUUUUUGGACGAAUCCACAGUAUUUAAUCAAGCUGGAGGAAGAAGAUGAGGAUCCUGAUGACCCUGAGAGGGGCUGCACUUUCCUCGUUGGCCUGAUUCAGAAGCACCGUCGGAAGCAGAGGAAGAUGGGAGAGGACAUGCACACCAUCGGCUUCGCGAUUUAUGAGGUACCCCCAGAGUUUUCUGGCCAGACAAAUAUUCAUCUGAGCAAAAACUUUUUCCUGACCAACAAAGCAAGGGAAAAAUCAAACACCUUCAUCAACCUCCGAGAAGUGCUGAAUCGGUUCAAGCUCCCUGCAGGAGAAUAUAUCAUCGUGCCCUCGACCUUUGAGCCCAACAAGAAUGGGGAUUUCUGUCUGCGAGUCUUCUCUGAAAAAAACGCCAACUCCACGGUUAUAGAUGAUGAAAUUGAGGCCAAUUUUGAAGAGACAGAGAUCAGUGAAGAUGACAUUGAACCCAGCUUUAAAAAGCUUUUUGGACAGCUAGCAGGAAGUGAUGCAGAGAUCUCCGCCUUCGAACUGCGCAAGAUCUUGAAUAAAGUCUUGGCUAAACGCCAAGAUAUUAAAUCUGAUGGCUUUAGUAUUGAGACAUGCAAAAUAAUGGUUGACCUGUUAGAUAAUGACGGGAGUGGUAAACUGGGACUGAAGGAGUUCUAUGUCCUCUGGACAAAGAUUCAGAAAUACCAGAAAAUUUACAGGGAAAUUGAUGUGGAUCGAUCUGGUACCAUGAAUUCGUACGAGAUGAGGAGAGCACUGGAAACAGCAGGGUUCAAACUGAACUGCCAGUUACAUCAAAUCAUUGUGGCUCGGUUUGCUGAUGAAGACCUCAUCAUUGACUUUGAUAACUUUGUCCGGUGUUUGAUUCGGCUGGAAACCUUGUUCAAAAUGUUCAGAAAACUGGAUACUGAGAAAACUGGAACAAUAGAAUUGAACCUUGUUAAUUGGCUGUGCUUUACUGUCAUUUGAGCCACUGGCAUCAGCUCAAGAGACCUCAAAAAGAGCAAGAUCAGGUGAAAAUAAGCAAGCAAGCAAAUCCCAAUGUAAAUGUGCCUUAAACUGAGGCAUGGCAGAUUUUGCACACAGUUAUAAGAAGGAAACUGGUCUGCUUCAACAAAAGAAUGUGCAGCCUCACUUUUAUGGGUCUGACAGUCUGUCUUUAUUACUAUAGCUCCUCUGUACAAAACCUUUAAUUCAGUAUCAAUCCUCUGUGCAACUUUUGAAAACACUGCUUUGCUACUAUCUUUGUAUUUAAGGUGUUUUAUGUGACUGCUGGAAGAAUGCUUAUUAUAGGGUUGACAGUCUGGUUUAAUAAGUGCUUUUUGAAUAACUACUACAUUCCAUCCUGCAUAUCUGAAACUAGAAAAAGGAUGAUGGUAUUGCAUAUCUCUGUAUUCAGAGUAUAGGUGUUUAGGUACAAUAUGGGUCCACUUGUAUGUGGUCUGUCAAGCCCCAGCAUUAUUCUGGUUAAAUACUACUUGAAGAAUUUGAGUAGCAAGUACACAUUUGACCAAACUGAAGGUUUUUUAUCUGAUACUUUAAAAGAUUAGUUUUUCAAGCAUUAAAGGUUCCUAAGAAAGGUAAUUGAUACUGUAUACCCCAUACCCAACUUUUUAAAAUCAUGAGGCUGUGAACAUGAGCAGAUUGCUGCUCCCAGGAAUUCCCACUCACCCACUGUUUGCACACCUGAGGAGUCAUGUCCUCCUUCUUCCAAACAAUUUCUUGUAUCUAUGGGUACCUUUUCAGAAAGCAGUAAGGACUUCGCCUUCAGGGUCAUGUUUUCAUAGUAGUUGAGGCACUUCAUAAGCAGCCUCAAGGGAAGAUUUGAUCCUCUCUAUUAAAUAGUGUUCAUUAUCAAAUGAUUAUAUCUAUUUUGGAAUAAAGGAUAGUUCCACAGGAGAGUCUUUAUUUGGAAAAUACUUGUACCAAAUCUUUUUCUUAACUAUGGCUUUAAAAUUAAGCCAAAUAUUAGUUGCAUAUAACCUGUUAACCUUAAAACGCAGAAAGACUGUAUUGAACAAAUGAGAGAGAAAGGGUUCGAUUUAAUACAGAAAGUAGUUGAAUGUUAGGGUAAUGCAGAAGAGCAGUGUGUCUUACUGUUAACAUUUUCAGAUGGUCUAAUAAAAACUUGACACUAAAACACCCAGAGUUAAAGCUUAAGAGGAGACAAAAGUUUAAUAUUAUCACAGUCCAGUAAAAACAAGUAAGUUGUCAAGGACUACAGAAAGUUUCUACACUUAGUUUUAAAAGUACAAAAUACAAUAAAUACAUGAGGCUCCUUGUAAAAAGAAGAAUCUAAAACUACGUUGUCUGUUACAGCCCAUAAUAUUUUGAAUACAUGGAAUUCCUAAGAUGCUACAGCAUUUUUCAAAGUUAUUGCUUAAUGGAUUGGUCACAUGGUUGUCACUGUUCAGAUGCACUUCAGUUUAGCUCAGCAAACAUUCUGCUUCCAGCAAUAGGCAUUUGGGUGCCGUGCACAUACUUUCUUUUAAUUUCUCCCAUCUGGAAAAAGCCUUGGGAUAAAUUUGGACAAAGCCAAGUUGUCUGUUUUAUGAUGAUUCCUUCAAUGGUAAAUUGAAAAGAUCCAUGCAUUUAACACAAAAACAUGAAAUUCUUUUCUGCCAUGUUUGAAGAAAUCAGAGUGGGUACUUGAAGAUAACUGCUUGCUUAAACCAAAGGCAGCAGAAUUUCAUUUACUUGUAAGCAUUAUUUCAUCUUGUAGAAUGCCCUCAUCCAUUUGCUAAUGUAUGAAUCCUUCAUUUGUUUCCAAAGCACAUUCUUCAUAGCUUUCAAAUUACAUUGUCAUUGAAAUAAGUCUCAUGAUAUUGGAACCAACACAAAAUGAAUUUUUUUUGUAAGUCAUCCAUGAUUAGUACUUUGAGAGUCUUGUUUCUGUACUAUUUCAUGCCAAGCUUCUUUGUCUAGGUUUAAUCCUUGGAUACAGCUGAGGGUAAAACAGAAAUGAGAUUUAAAAUUUAAUUGCUUAAAAAAAGUAACCUUUUAAAGAAAAAAAAAAAAGGAACAAAACCCCUCUCUUUGGCACUACAAUUCUAAUGUAAUCUCUAGUAGCAAAAGCAUGGUUAUAAAAAAUACCCAGAGCACUAACAAAUGUAACUUUAGCAUUCUUAGGCAAGCUCAGAAAAUACUAACCAUGUCAGUACAAAAGGAAGGCAUUCAACAGCACGUAAUUCAGUACCUUCAGCUCUACCCAGAUGGGUGGGCUAGGAAAAGCAUGUGGCUUUGUAAGUCAAGAGACUUUUGUGUUCAGUGAACUAUAGGAUUUUUCCCUGUUUUAUAAGUGGAAAGAGAGAGGUAUUAGUGUCUGGUUUGCUUUCUCUCAAUGCCUAUCAACUUUUAGAUCUCUAUGGCUUUGGGCAAGCUGGGAACAUCUGGCUGCAUAAGGACUGUGGAACUGCAGGAGCUGUGCUUUAGUUAAAUGAUAGUGAGCGGCCAGUUAAACUCAUUUAACCACCCAGCAGUAAACCAGUAGCUGCCACCCUGUGGCCCUAGAGCUGUGUACUAGUCACACAUUCCAGCUGUGCACAGAAGUACAGAGACUGCCUCAGCUGCAGGGUAACAAUGGAUGGGACACAGCAUGCAGCAGUGCUCAGAUGCUUGGGAAGCUCUUGGCUUCCACUUGCAAAGGGCUUUAGGAACAACUACUCUUCUGCAGUGCAUGGCUAUUGGCAUAUAAAAAUAGGAGGGUACACGUCAUACAAUUAGGAAAGGCAAAUCCACCAUGCGCUAAACAGCAAUGCACGUCUGCAUUACAACCUGGGUUUUUUUCAGCUAAAUUAUCCUUAAAGAUGCCCCCUUCUGUCUUCAGCCAGGCUCUGGCCACCUUCUUUUUCAGAGUCAGCUAAUGAUUAAGAGAAGAUCAACAGCUUCACCCACACAGUUUGUCUAAGCCUGCUAUGAUUUCACCACUAGCAGAAAUGAAGUCAGUCAGUUACAGUAGCAUAACAUCUGAUAGUGUUCAAAAAUUGUUUGGUAUUAAAGGAUAAUACUGUCAAAAUACUGACGUAUUUGCAUUCAGUUUUAGAGCUCUCACACAGCUAGGGAGCUAGUGAGUCACUAAGAAGGGUAGAGUACUGAUGCAAGUAAUUUCACCCUUGUUUUUAUUUAGUGCACCUAACUGCAAAAGGAUAAAGCAGCUGUGAUAAAAAUACAACUUAAGAAUGUAUUGAACUACCAAACAUUUUCCUCUGUGCUGAACAUCUUAGCCUAGAUUUCAGCUGCUAUAUCAGAAGUCUAGUAAUGGCUUUUGAGAAUAAUCACAGAAUACUUUGGUAGCAGUACUAGCAUGACUGAGCAGACUCAAAAGUAUAACAAAUUAAUACUGGGCUUGGGUAGUUUUCCCCAAAGGUUCUGUUUGGAUUGUGUUGUGCUUAGAAGUAUGAGUUGUGAUCCCCAGUCUAAGCUAUGUUGCCCUGUAUUUUUAUUACAGAAGCACAAAUGCUCCUUGUGCUCUUACACACCUGUGCUCAGAUUGAGUGCACAAGCUUAUGAAGUAGCAGCACAUGCACAGUUCAUCCUGGGGCAGGAAAAAAAGAAAAGCUGCCAUUUCUGACCUUUCUGUGCAGGGCUGAUAGCUGCUUUUAAUUUAGAAAUGUUUACAUUUGGAGAGGAAGAAUCUGAGCAGAAGUACUAUGUUAGGGAUAAUUUAGUAUAGUUUCAGUACAGAAAAAGUACACUGUGGGCAGGCCUGACCUGAAAGUGAGAGAGAUUAAAACUGAUUUUGCUUUAGAUAUAGUCGCUCUACAAAAUCUAACCAGUUUAAGAGUAAGGAUUAUCUGCAUGAGGAAUGAGGUUCAGCCUCUUUCAAGCAUCACAUAUCAAUCAGCUAAAAUUUACAGCGGUUAAUCUUUAGCAUUGGCCGAACCUUGUAUCUCCAGCAGCAGGGCAACUGGAUAUGUAGAAGAAAGUUUAAUGGAAUUUUUAUACAUGUGUCCAUCUGCUAUAGGAUUCUAGCAACUCAGCCAUGAGGAGAAAUAUGGGGACAUAACUGAAAAUAUCUAUUAGUUGUAUACAGUUCUUUUUAAUAAAAGGGGUAGUAUAGAAGGUGAUGGCUAAAAGAGAAGCCAUUAGUUUAAGGCCUUUGACAUAUGGUUAAAUAUUGCUUAAAGAGCAUACAAGAAAGAGAUCUGUCUUUAUUUGGCAAACUUAUCUCUUUUUUCAACACUAGAAAAAGAGAUAACAAUAGAAUUUUGCUGUGUUUGUCUUAACACUCAAGAUGGUGAGACAAGGUUAGUAUUAGAACCUGCCAUGUGUAGCAGCGUGGUGAUACAUGUUCUUUUAUGCACCCAUUAACGUAGUCAGUGUUUAAGUAAUCUAGGGUGUUAACCCACUCUGCCAAGGUGUUCAGCUCCUCAAAUGAGUACAUGGAGAAUGUCAACUCCUUCCCCUUAACUUCUGAAAUCACACCUAACCUAGAUGUAUAUGAAUAAUGCUGUGUAUACUCCACAUAGUGAGGUGGGGGGUUUUGACUUUGGAAAUAUCAAGGACUCACCCCUAGCAGGUUGCGGGGAACAUAGCCUUCCUUGUCAUUCAGCCGUGCCCACCACCACUCAAUUUCAUCUUCAUCUUCCCGGCGCAGGAUUGUCAUGCAGUCUCCCUCUUUCAUCGAGAGCUCAUCAUCAUUCUGAGCCUCAUAAUCCCAGAGUCCAUAAAUCACUCCUUUGUUCAUGAUCCCCAUUUUCUCCUGGACUCCUGCAACAUUAAAAAACACAGAGCAGCUCAGGACAAAAAAAAAAAAAGACAAGA